AUGGACGACUACGGCAGCAGCAGCAGGCACCCACUCCCGCGCCACCGCGACCCCCACCCGCACCCGCACCCGCACCCGCAGCCCAACAGCUUCACGCAGCACCCGUCCGCCCAGCCGCCGACGGUUGACGGUGGUGCGGUGCAACGUCAGCCCGACGACCCCAUGGCCUUCCUCGAGUUCUUGUCGUGCUCGCUAUGGUUAGUCGCAUCGGGGCUGGCCUCUGACCACACUCUCACCCCUCUCAUCUCACCCCUCACCCUUGUCCACACGUCGACACCCGUCGUGUUUCCUCACCCUCUGACCCCGGUCUAA